CAUAACCUGACAGACGUAAAUUAUAGCGCAAGCUUGCGCUGGGAGAAAAGAGGAGGUUCUUAAAGAGAGUUUUAUUUAUGUUUAUGAAAAAUAAUUACAGCGAUAUUUCACAGGGACCUAAUUUAUUGUAUUUGUCUUCUCAUGCAAGAAAACUGGAUAAGAUUACAGUAGGAAAUCAAAAACUAAAGCGAAGGAGAGGAGGAUGAAGCGGCGCAAUGCGGACUGCAGCAAACUCCGACGGCCGUUAAAACGGAACCGAAUCACCGAGGGCAUAUACGGCAGUACCUUCCUGUACCUGAAGUUCCUUGUGGUGUGGGCUCUGGUGCUGUUGGCAGACUUUGUGCUCGAGUUCAGAUUUGAGUACCUGUGGCCUUUCUGGCUCUUCAUCAGAAGUGUGUACGACUCCUUCAGAUACCAGGGGCUGGCAUUCUCAGUGUUCUUUGUGUGUGUGGCGUUUACCUCUGACACCAUAUGCCUGCUCUUCAUCCCAGUACAAUGGCUGUUCUUCGCUGCCAGUACCUAUGUGUGGGUGCAGUACGUGUGGCACACAGAGAGGGGGGUCUGUCUCCCCACAGUGUCCCUUUGGAUACUCUUUGUGUACAUAGAGGCAGCCAUCAGAUUCAAAGACCUGAAGAACUUCUUCCAUGUCGACUUGUGUCGCCCAUUCGCUUCACAUUGCAUUGGCUACCCAGUGGUGACGCUGGGCUUUGGAUUCAACAGCUACGUCAGCUAUAAGAUGCGCUUAAGAAGGCAGGAGGUGGUGCAGAAGGAGAACGAGUUUUACAUGCAGCUCUUGCUGCAGGCCCUGCCACCAGAGCAACAGAUGCUCCAGAGACAGGAAAGGGAGGCAGAGGAAGCUGCAUUAGCUAAAGGGAUAUCUGAGAUAGACUCCAUCCCAGUCUCACAGAAUGGCGCCCCCGCCAGUAAAAAAAUGGCAGCUAUGCUGGCGGAGCUGGAGUACAGAGAUAAAGGGAAAGAGGGCCGCGAGGCCAAAAAGCAACACAACAGCAUCCAGCCGUCAUCGGUAGACUCUAAACUCCAGGAGAUGGAGUACAUGGAGAACCAUAUGAACAAUAAGAGACUCACCACAGAGCUGGUGGGCAGCACAGAGAACCUGCUGCUGAAGGAGGAGAACUCCUCAUCCUCGAAAAACUACAAGAACUCCAGCAGAAACGUGGCAGUCAACUCCUUGCCCUGCAGACACUGCGCCACCAACGGCAGUGUCCUAUCAGCCCCUUCCUCCUUUUCCUGGGGGAAGAAGCAGAAGUGUGCAGUGGGGAAGGGUCCAGCAGUAGGCUCUCACAGGGAUCCAACAGACAACUGCAUCCCUAACAAUCAGCUAAGCAAGCCUGAGGCGAUUGUACGGCUGGAGCAGGAUGUGAAGAAGCUGAAGGCAGACCUUCAGGCCAGCAGACAGGUGGAGCAGGACCUGCGCAGUCAGAUCGGCUCCCUUGGCAGCGCUGAGCGCUCCAUCCGCUCUGAACUGGGCCAGCUGCGCCAGGAGAACGAGCUGCUGCAGAACAAACUCCAUAACACCAUCCAGGCCAAGCAGAAGGACAAGCAGACCAUGGGCCAGCUGGAAAAGAGGCUGAAAGUUGAGCAGGAGGGCCACGCCAACGCAGAGAAACAACUUGCAGAUGAGAAGAAACGCAAGAAGCUGGAGGAUGCCACCGCAGCCAGAACCGUCGCACUAGCAGCCGCAUCCAGGGGGGAGUGCACAGAUACAAUGAGGAGGCGGGUCACGGAGCUGGAGACGGAGUGUAAGAAACUAACCAUGGACAUCAAGCUCAAAGAAGACCAGCUCAGAGAGCUGGAGAUGACCGUGCAGGAGCUCCAGAAGUACAAGGAGAAUGAGAAGGACACAGAAGUGCUGAUGUCAGCGCUGUCGGCCAUGCAGGAAAAGACCCAGCACCUGGAGAACAGCCUGUCUGCAGAGACCCGCAUCAAACUGGACCUGUUCUCAGCACUGGGUGAUGCCAAGAGACAGCUGGAGAUCGCACAAGGUCAGAUCCUGCAGAAGGACCAGGAGAUCAAGGACCUGAAGCAGAAGAUAGCUGAGGUGAUGGCUGUCAUGCCCAGCAUCUCCUACACAUCUGACAGCAGCAACAUGACUCCCAUGGCCCCCCACUACUCCUCCAAGUUCAUGGACACAAGUCCCUCUGGCUUGGACCCAAAUGCCUCCAUCUACCAGCCACUCAAAAAGUGAACGCUUCCUCCAACCCGUCAUUCUCUUUUUUUUUUUUCUUUUUUUUAAGCCGACCUCCAGAUCUGCUUGGAAGGGGUCUGGGACUUGUUUUUCCUUGUCAGAUCCGAAAUAUGUUGUAUUGUGACUAUUUAUUGUAGUUUUUAUUUUAGAAGACUAAGGGACAUCACAUGUAAACCAGUUUUUUAUUUUGGUAAAUGUCUAGUGAAACCUUACAGAAUUGGGCUUAUGUAGGAUGUUUCAGUUCCCCCUUCUACUCCACCUGUUACUUGGUCUCUGGUCUUGGUUAAUUCUGGUGUUGGUUUUAUUAAUUUAAAAUCUGUGAUGUGGAUCUCUGCUAGCAGGAGUGCUCACCCAUAUUUCCAUGUUGGAAGUUCUGAUUGCUGAGGGCGGAUACCCUUUUGUUUAUAUGGUAGGACUCUACACUCUGUACAUUGGUAUGGACUCUAGCCCUGUUUUGUCAAUGGUAUUUUUCAGUCGUGAAUAUCAGACCAAAUUGAACGUUCCAUUGGCUGUUCUUGGGGUUUUGUGGUAUUGGUUCUAUUAUGUUUGAAAGUGGAUUGUGUGGUCUCCUAUUUACUUGUUGAUCUUACCACAAAGUUGAAUAAAAAAAAUCACUGGGAUGAGAAUAGAGCUGUACCAAGAUGUUAUGUUAGAAUAACAAGGGAUAAACUACUGUCAACGUAAACCAUCCUCAACAACUCCAAAUGUUGAGUAUCAUCUACAAAAUUAAAUGUAUUUCCCAAAAAGCACCCUAAUUUCUACAAUACUUUCCAAAAGUGUUAAGCAAAGGCUGUAUUAAGAGAAUUAAUGAUAUGCCUUCUCUUUAAGCUCAAUAGUCUUUCGCAACUUGUCAUGAUCACAGGGCCUUGAUUCAGAACCUCAGUGGUGGGAGUUAGUAGCCUGCUAUGCUAGAAAGGACUGAAGUACAGGGCUUUCCAACCACAUACAAUUAUAACCUGGACCCUAACUAUAGGUUCAGAAAAGAUAGCCCACCUACAAUCUCAACAGUUCUGACAAUAUGGCCACUCAUGGUCUAAUAUGGUAACGUUACUACGAAGUCUACUCCAAACAGGCUCCCAGCAUGGGAGUCUACUGCAUCCAACUAUAACACAUCUCUCUACUGGAAACUCCUGUUUAACUAUUGUCCCUACUUAUGUUUUUAUUGUUUUGACUUAAUUGCACGGUUAAAAUUCCACCGUUGAUGGAUGUUGUGUGUCUCUCUGACCUGUGUGUGUGUAAGUUACAAGAAACAAGAAAUAAGGCUCUGGAAAUGAACGUUACUUUUUUUCACAGAAUUCUGCAUGAUAAAUCUCCUUUUAUUGCAGAAUACUCAACUUCAGCCCAUUUGCCAAGAAAGGAUUGAUUGUUUUCUAGGAAUAUACUGCAAAGACAUUGGUUGACGUGUUUGACAUUCAUUCUCCUCUGACUUGUCUAAAGUAUGUCAAGCAGGUGGGAAAACUGCUCACCUGUUUGUAGUAGACUGUUUACGUAGUUGAAAGCUUUGUAAAUGUUACAGUAUUGGCUACUGCCUGGGACAUAGGUGUUAAGAACAGUCAACAAUUUCUUUGGUAUUGUUUUUUACAUUUGAUUUAACCUUCAUCAUUCCCGUCAUUUUCCUUCCCUGCAUGGAGGAAUAGCUUGAGCCUGAUGUGGUUUGCUGUCAUCUGAAAUGGUAAUUUGUGUGGUUAUAACCUACUGUAUAUGGAAACUUUUUCUACAGAUUAGUUUAGUCAAUUGGUCCUUCAACUGAUGUUGAAAGUAUAAAAACAUGUAUUUAUUUUUAAUUAUGCCCAGUCAUUGCUCUGUUUCUCCCCAAGUCUGACCUCGGCUAGGCUCGAACACUGAGGUUUACAAGGAAUAAAUUAUUUUCUUGCAGAUGUU